GAAGCUAAGGUCUGGACAAAUCCUGGUGGAAGGCUUCAAAAAACCCAUGCUGAAAGCAUCUUGAGUGCAAACUGGUGUUCCGAUAAAGGCUUUUUAUCAUCGAUAACUGAAUAGCAGCAAAGGAGUCCUACUGUAUGUACUAGAGAGCUACAUGAUAUGGAGGAUGAAAUAACAGCAGAAUUAACUCAACAAGGUGUAAUGAACAUCAAGAGAAUCACUAUCAAAAAUGAAGAAUAAGUCAUUAAGACAGACUGCGUACUGCAAACAGAAGAAUAUUUGCUGCAACUGUAGAGGAGAAGGACAUGAACUAAGAUUACAAAACCAUCAAAAUGUUGCAAAUGUUCAGCAAACCACCCAGCUUCAACAAAAGAGUGUCCAACCAGGAUAAAAAUAAAAGAUAUCCAAAGAAUAAAAUGCAUUAAAAAGAUCAGCUAUAUCAAAGCAUGUAAAAGAGGACAUAGAACGUAUUCUGCUAUUGACCAAACCCUAUGCAAACCUGAAGAAAUAAUUGAUUUUUCAUGGCAAGUACGGAAGGAUCUCUGCGGGAGUGGCCACUAUCAACUGAGUAUAACAUCUACUGAAGAUCACAUUCAACAGGACUCAACAAGGUGGCAACUGAAAAAAUCACACUGAUAUAUCUUCAAAACACUAUGUUAUGAGAAAUUCAACAUAGACUGGAAAGAAAAUCAAGAUCCACUAAAAACACUCUGAUACAUUGUUCCAAAUAGCAGAAAUAUCUGUUCCAAAAUAUCAGCAAAAUCAUGCAGUCAGAAAAACCCAUUGUUUAACAAAGACUGCAAAAUAGCUAUUGCUGAUCAGAAGAAGACAGAAUGAAAAUUUAGGUAAAAAUCAUACAACAGAAAACCUUAUCGGACUGAAUAUCUGUACAGCACAAGCAUGAAGAACCAUUAAUAAAAACUAAGAGGCAAUGUUGAGAAAUAUAUCAAGCUUAUCAUCACAGACCCCAAUAAAGACAUUAUGGGACAUGGUACAAAAGAUAAAAAACAAGGAGGGAAUAUUAUAAGUACAACACAUUAAAGAUCAGGAUACUUUAUUGCCAAAGGAACAGGAGAUUGCUAAUAAACUGGUGGAGACUUUUGAAAGAAAUUCCUCAUUAGAAAAUGGUCAUCAAACAAAACAAGAAAAACUCGAAUUUGCUUGAAUUUACUACUUUAAAAAGGGAGAAAGUUUAAUUAGCCUUGUAAAACACUGAACCAUAUAACCAGCCUUUUACAAUGGAGGAACUCCUGAAAGGCAUUAAAAGCUCCAGUAACGCUGCAGUUGGACAUGACCAAAUUCAUUACCAGUUUCUGAAACACUUACCUGAUGAUGUAGUAAGGAUUCAACUGGAAAUCUUCAACAGAAUCUGGAAAUCGGGGGGAAACCCAGACUACUGAAAAGAAGUAAUUGUCAUACCAAACCAGAAAAAGAUCACAUUGAUUCAAACAAUUACUGUCCAAUAGCUCUAACCAGGUGCUUAUGCAAAACUAUGGAAUGAAUGAUUAAUCACCGGCCAGUGUGGGUGCUGGAAAAAGAACAAAAAAUCAGGUAAAAGCGCUCUUGGUCAUCUCCAAGAUUAGAAUCUUUCGUUUUAGGGUUUUAUCAAAAAAUACAGAACAUGUAGUUGCUGUAUUUUUUUAUUUAGAAAAAUCCUAUGACACAACAUGGAGAUAUCGUAUUUUAAAAGAUCAGUAUGAUAUGGGCCUCAGGAUAUAUGCCAAUUUUAUCUCCAAUUUUAUAUUCAAUUCAAUUUAUUUGUAUAGCGCUUUUAACAAUUCCCAUUGUCUCAAAACAGCUUUACAGAGGUAUGGAACUAAAAGGCUAGUGCCAGAAGGUGACACAGACAUGAGGGCUUUCUGGGAUGUAAAGCGUCCCACCAAUCCACAGUCUGCAAACCUGAGCGUCUUGCGAGGGUGGCAAGCCGACAGCGUCCAGACAUCCCAGUUCGCCAAACACUAUGCCCAUGAACCCUCCAGAUCUGCUCCUUUACCUAAGAAAAACUAUUCAUAAAAAGCUAGACUAAACAAAUGUGUUUUUAGCCUGGACAUAAACACAGACUGUGUCUGAGUCCUCUGUGAGAAAAAGCUCUGCCCCCUGCUGUAGCCUUUUGUGCUUUUGAAGUAGGUGAGAUCUCUCAGGUACUGUGGCUGGAGAACAUUAACUGCUUUAUAGUUUAGUAAUAGUAUUUUAUAAGUAAUGAGAAACUUGACUGGGAGCUAAUGCAAUGAGGAUAAGAUAGGAGUGAUCUGUUCACAUCUUCUGGUUCUAGUUAGGACGCUAGUUUCUGCGUUCUGGACUAACUAUAGCUUGUUUAUGCUCCUACUGGAACAUCCAGUGAGUAAAGCAUUACAAUAAUCCAACCAAAGGUAACAAAUGCAUGAACUAGUGCUUCUGCAUCAUGUGUGCUAGGUGCCUGCAUCAUAUUUCUUAUCUUAGCAAUAUUUCUGAGAUGAAAGAAGGCUACCCUUGUAACAGACCGUCCAUAGUAACUCUGUAAUCAGAAAGCUUACAUCUGGCUGCCUGUAUUUACCUAGUAAACGCACUUCUGUCUUGUUUGAUUUAAGCAGGAGGGAGUUAGUAAGCAUCAACGGUCUAAUGUCCUUCACACAAUCUUCAGUCUUAUUAAGCUGGUGACUCACAUCUGAUUUAGCUAAAACAUAUAGCUGCAUGUCAUCAGCAUAACAGUGGAAGCCAAUACCAUGUGUAUGAAUAAUUACAUACGGGAAAAGCAAUGGGCUUAAAACAGAACCUUGUGGAACACCGAACAUUACCUUAGUUUGUUUAAAGUGAUCAACAUUUAGAUCUACGAGCUGAUAUCAAGCCAUCAAAUAAGACCUGAUCCAGGAGAGGGCUGACCCUUUAACACCUUCAACAUGUUCUAGCCUAUCAAGUAGAAUAGCCUUGUCAAUGGUAUCAAAAGCUGCACUAAGAUCAAGUAAUACUAGCAACCCUGAUCAGAGGCCAGUAACAGGUCAUUUACAACUUUAACCAGGCCUAAAUUCUGACUGAUACAUUUCAUGAAUAUUAUUCCUAUGUAGGUCUGAGUAUAACUGCUGAGCUACAACUUUUUUAGGAUCUUUGAGAUAAAGUGGAGGUUUGAUAUUGGCCUUAUAGUUGGACAGCUGGCUUGGGGUGAGGUCAGGUUUUUUAAUCAAAGGUUUGAUAACUGCUAUCUUAAAAUAUUUCAGCACAUAGCCAGUGUUAAGGGAAGAAUUUAUUAUCUUUAGAAUGGGUUGGAAAGCUUCUGGUAAUAUCUGUUACGGUCUAAAUACUGAUCAAAAACAGAAAUAUUAUUUACAGCAUUAUCUAUUAAUUUGUUUAGUAUUAAAAUAAUGGUCUGAAAUCUUUGCCUGAUAUCAAUUAAUCCAUUGAAAUAAUUCAUGAAGUCAUUACUGGUACAAAUAGAUGGUAUGCGCUUUUCGACAGUGUUUUUUUUCCUAGUUAAUUUUGCUACAGUAUUAAAUAAAAAAUUUAGGAUUUUUUUUAUUAUCUUCAAUAAGGCUGGAGAAAUACACCGAUCUAGCAGCACUGAGAUCUUUUGUAGCUAUGAAGGCUUUCCAUCCAUCCAUCCAUCCAUCUUCUACCGCUUAUCCGGGGCCGGGUCGCGGGGGCAGCAGUCUGAGCAGGGACACCCAGACUUCCCUCUCCCCAGACACUUCCUCCAGCUCCUCCGGGGGAAUACCGAGGCGUUCCCAGGCCAGCCGAGAGACAUAGUCCCUCCAGCGUGUCCUAGGUCUUCCCCGGGGCCUCUUCCCGGUUGGACAUGCCCGGAACACCUCCCCAGGGAGGCGUCCAGGAGGCAUCCGGAACAGAUGCCCGAGCCACCUCAGCUGACUCCUCUCGAUGUGGAGGAGCAGCGGCUCUACUCUGAGCUCCUCCCGAGUGACCGAGCUCCUCACCCUAUCUCUAAGGGAGCGCCCAGCCACCCUGCGGAGGAAACUCAUUUCGGCCGCCUGUAUCCGGGAUCUUGUCCUUUCGGUCAUGACCCAAAGCUCAUGACCAUAGGUAAGGGUAGGAACGUAGAUCGACUGGUAAAUAGAGAGCUUCGCCUUGCGGCUCAGCUCUUUCUUCACCACAACAGACCGGUAUAUCGACCGCAUCACUGCAGAAGAUACACCGAUCCGCCUGUCGAUCUCCCGCUCCAUCCUUCCCUCACUCGUGAACAAGACCCCAAGAUACUUAAACUCCUCCACUUGAGGCAGGAGCUUUCCACCAACCCGAAGGGGACAAGCCACCCUUUUCCGGCUGAGAACCAUGGCCUCGGACUUGGAGGUGCUGAUUCUCAUCCCUGCCGCUUCACACUCGGCUGCAAACCGUCCCAGUGCACGCUGAAGGUCCUGAUUUGAAGAAGCCAACAGGACAACAUCAUCUGCAAAAAGCAGAGACGAAAUCCCGUGGUCCCCAAACCGGACUCCCUCCGGCCCCUGACUGCGCCUAGAAAUCCUGUCCAUAUAAAUAAUGAACAGGACCGGUGACAAAGGGCAGCCCUGCCGGAGUCCAACAUGCACCGGGAACAAGUCUGACUUACUGCCGGCAAUGCGAACCAAACUCCUGCUCCGGUCAUAUAGGGACCGAACAGCCCUUAGCAGAGGGCCCCGGACCCCAUACUCCCAGAGCACCCCCCACAGAUC